AAGUCUGUGGUGUUCACCAGUGUUUAAAAACUGCGUUCUUUGCGCUUUUUCGAUCGAAUACAAAUCACUCAAAUAAACUCGCUUUCCUUUCACUUUUAGAGAAAACUUGUAUUAUCGGUGGAACCUAAUUCAUCGUCGUGUUAAGUGUAUUGCUUCCAUUAAGUAUUUAAAACGAAUUAAAGUCUUUACACACUAAAAAAAUCAUCUACGAUGGCCUAUUGAGCCGUCAAAAAAAUGGGUUUAGACUUCGAUGUUCUAGAGUUUUGCAAGAAGCUACGUCAAAACAGACCCCCCCCUUAUCAGUGUCCGUUAGAUAAAUGUGAUAAAGUUUACAAAAGCUUGUGCGGUUUGCAGUACCAUCUAGUAAACUACGAUCAUGAUAACCCGACGCCGGCGACUCCUGCGGUCGCAAACAACCGCAAGAAAGGCAGAACUAUUAGAGCUGCGGUCCCGACUGGAGAUAUUGCGCUUCAGAGUCCUCCAAAAGAAGCCUUGACUUUCGCGGAAGCACAGAAAGUAGUGCAGUUUGAAAUCGAUGGCAAAAUAAGCAGAAUUCCUAUUGAUCAGCCAGUGCCUAUUAUUUCUUUGGAAGAGUGGGAAAAGAAGAAUGCUGAGUUGGAAAAACCCCUGCCUUUCAUUGAUCCUCAACCUGAGCCCCAUGUUAAAUUACCUGAGGCUACGUUUCGAAUUAUUGAGGACUAUAAUGAAAGGGUAUGCGAUGCCCCACCCCGGCCAAAUGCUUACAUCCGUUUCAUAGAAAAGUCAGCUGAAGAACUUGAUGGGGAGGUGGAAUAUGAUGUGGAUGAGGAAGACACAGCAUGGCUGGCUAUUGUUAACAAAAAUAGGACAAAACAAGCCUUGCCCCCAGUCUCUGUUGACACUUUAGAACUCUUGAUGGAUAGAUUGGAGAAAGAAUCAUAUUUUCAAGCAUCUCAAAAUGGUCAGCAGACAGCAGCUACUGUGGAUGAGGAUGCAGUAUGCUGUAUUUGCAUGGAUGGAGAAUGUCAAAAUACCAAUGUGAUUUUGUUCUGUGACAUGUGUAACUUGGCUGUUCAUCAGGAUUGUUAUGGGGUGCCCUAUAUACCAGAAGGGCAGUGGUUGUGCAGGCGAUGUUUACAGUCACCCUCGCGUCUUGUAAACUGUGUCUUGUGUCCUAAUACCGGAGGUGCAUUUAAACAAACAGACCAAAGUACAUGGGCGCACGUAGUUUGCGCUCUUUGGAUACCUGAAGUGCGUUUUGCAAACACAGUGUUUUUGGAACCAAUAGAUUCAAUCGAGAUGAUCCCAGCUGCGCGGUGGAAGUUGCAAUGUAUGGUUUGCAAGCAGCGGGGUGCGGGCGCGUGUAUUCAGUGCCACCGCAGCAAUUGCUACUCCGCCUUCCAUGUCACUUGCGCGCAGCAGGCCGGUCUGUAUAUGAAAAUGGAAGCGGCUGGUUCAGGGCGUGACCCCAGUCAGCCAGUACAGGUCGCCAAAAUGGCAUACUGUGACGCACACACGCCUGCACAUAUCUUGCAGGAAAGAAGAGCGUUAGAAUCCGAAGGAGAUACCAAACCAACCGAUCUAUCAGCGAUAAGGCAAAAAGGUCGAGAAAAAAUUAAGCAGGCGCGUCGAGUUCUAGCGUUAAAACGAACUUGGGCCCCAGUAGUACUAGUGCCCACGUUACCAGCCGAGCGUGUUGCGGAAAUCGCUCAGCUCGCUCACGGGCCCCCAGCGGCGCGAGCGCAGCUCAUGAAACGCUUACUCGCUUACUGGACGCUUAAGCGACACAGCAGGAAUGGUGUUCCUCUAUUACGGAGGCUGCAGAGCCUUACUAGUCAUCAUGGUAGCAGAGGUAUCCAAGACGGUACAGUUAAUAUACGGGAGCUAUGUAAUCAACUUAAGUACUGGCAGAGGAUAAGACAGGACUUGGAAAGAGCUAGGUUGCUUUGCGAGUUGGUGCGCAAGAGGGAACGACUAAAAGCGGAGUACACACGCGUAUGGGAACGUAGUGUGUUGCACUCGCUGAGGCCCGAACGUGCCGCUUUACACAAAUUAAUAAGGCUUUUGCGCCACUCAGACCAAAGCGAUGUUUUCACGGAACCAGUAGAUCCACUUGAGGUGCCAGACUACAGUACAAUAGUGAAAAACCCGAUGGACCUCAGCACAAUGUCAAAGAAACUGGACAGAGGCCUGUACAAAACAAUAGACGAUGUGGAAGCUGAUUUUCAACUCAUGAUCGACAACUGUCUUACUUACAAUAAUAAGGACACCGUGUUUUACAAGGCGGGUGUAAAAAUGCGAGAGCAGUGCACACCAAUAUUCCGUCAAGCCCGUCGCGAUGUAAUCGAGGUGGGAAUGCGGGCCAUAGCGGGCGAGGGCGAGGCGGACGAGGCAGAACGGCCUCGGGAACGCGAGCCAAGUACGAGGCGAAGGCGCAGCGUACGACGUUCCAGCAGCGAUAGCGAUCGGACUGCGGAUACACGUAGCGAACGAGGCGUGUCAUUGGCCCGCAGUGAAAGACGUCACACAAGCGUACGCAGAGAUCUGCAUACAGAUGAUGACAAUAAUACGCUUGACGAUUCCCCAGUUGUUUCAAAAAGCAAAGUGAACAGAAAUUGGUGGAGAGGUCGCGGCAGAGGUCGAGGUCGGAGAGGGCGUAGGGGCCGAGGUCGCGCUGCACAAUCUGGGUCCAGACUACCACGGGAACCAAGAGAAAUCGAAACGCCUACAACAGACUCGGAAGCACCAGCGACAACUGCGCGGAAAAGUGUAGAACGUACUCAAAAGCUGGCAACGCCAGAGAGAUCACCGUCGAAACAAACCGAGUCUACAGGUUUAGGACUUUUGGGUGGUCUUAGAAAACCUACUUUGUUAGUAAGCCCUUCUACGCUGGCAACACCUUCAAAGAGUUUCGGCGCCGAUGCAACGUUGCCUACCUUAUCAGCCAGCUUGGGACGUACCACCACCCAAAUUGAAGCGUCACCUCGAAAGAAAGGUCGUGGUAGACCUCGGAAACAGCACAAGGACAAAUCUGCCUCGUCGCCUGACCUAUUCAGGGGCAUGAGAGGUGCCGAAGGGGCAGAAGGCAGCGGGGCGGGGGUGCCGAGUGGUGCGUCAUUCCUGCAAUACCGAGGACCGCCUGGAGAAGUAGGAUCUGACAGCGAUCUAGCACUUUCCAGGUCGUCAAGUAGCAGCUCAGUGUGGUCGCAGUCUUGCUCGUCGUGCACGCACUAUGAUGAAGAGAAUGCAUCCGAGCACUCGUGCUCAUUGAGCUCUAGUGAUGGGUCUAGUUAUAACGAAACAAUGGACUCGACGGUAGAAGGCGGCAGUGGUCCCGAGCCACGUAGACGCGGGCGGCGCGCCACUCGAGCCGACGUGUCCGACGCUGAACCUCCUACCACACCAGUCAAGAGUCGCGGUACAAGGUCGUCUACGUCAAAAACCCCGGUAAAAUCCACGCAACCGGAUAUUCAACUGGACCCAUUGCAACUUGUAUGGGCCAAGUGCAGGGGCUAUCCCUGGUACCCAGCCCUAAUUAUCGAUCCAAAGAUGCCAAAAGGCUAUAUUUACAACGGAGUACCUCUGCCUGUACCACCGCAAGAUGUUCUUAAUCUCAAGAAAAACUACUCUCACGAACCCGUUCUGUACCUAGUACUAUUUUUCGACGUGAAGCGUACAUGGCAAUGGCUUCCACCAAAUAAAUUAGAACCACUGGGCUUGGAUAAAUCUGUGGAUCAAGCAAAGCUUGUGGAGUCAAGAAAACCCACUGAUAGGAAGGCAGUCAAGAAGGCCUAUGGCGACGCUAUGCAGUUUAGAAAGCAGGUUGACGGGGAUAAAUGACACAGGUUUAGGUAUCGUUCUAGAAGACCGGCUAGGAAUAGAGCUUUCAGCUUUGGUACCUUCUCAAUGAUGCAUAUUCGGACCCCUGAGACUACUGAUUCCAGUGAUUAAAUACCUAACCCAACGUGCAAAUACUGAAUGACCGCAGGUAAUUUUUUUAUAGUAAGUUUUGGUACAAGGUCUGGUGAAGAUAACAAUAGUAAAUAUUUAAGAAAUUUAAUUUAAUUGGUGGACAACAUAUUGUUUUCACCCUGUAUAAAAUAAUACUAUGUAGUAAAAAAGAUAUAAUAUGCCCACCAUGUAAUAUUUAAAAUAGGUAAAACUAACUUUAUUGUGCAGCUUGUGCAGCUUAAAUUUAUUAUUUUCAAAUAAAGCUUUGGAUUUGUAAUUCACUAUUCAUGUUAUAAUAAUAUUGUUUAAUAUGUAUAGAAAUAAGGCAUGUUAAAGAAAGCAGACGUUAUUGUAUUGUUAUCAAUACCAUUAUGAAAUUUCAUAAUAUACGUAAUCUCAAAAUAUAGCAUAGAUACUGGUAAAGCAUAAUUUACGAAUUUAAGAGAGUAAACAGGUAUAGGCAUUGGAAUUAGAAUUUAAUAACAUUGAAUUGCUAUUAUGAUGAGGAUGAUCCAUAUUUAUUUUCUCAAUAGAAUUAAUGGUUUUUGUAUGGUUUAUUUAUUAUAAAUAAUAAGACUAAAUGUUGAUCGUGAAUACAGUAACUGUGAAAUCAACUACAUUGUAAGUAAGUAAGCAUGGUAAUCGUGAGCCUUACAUAGCCACAGAUGUUACAUUGUUAGUAUUUUGUAAGUGUUAACUUUUGUGUUAUUGGUGUAAAUUAAAUAUUUGAAAAAUA